GCAAACCGCGGUGCUUGAGGCGGGGGCGAGUGUGUAGAGAGAGAGAGGACAGGUGAGCUCUGAGCCGGUGUUUCAUUAACAUAUUUUUACAGCCACGGUUUCCAGGUUGUGUAAGACGGAGACGGCCUUCCAGUCGGUCCAGUUCCUGCUCCUCUCGGCAGAGAGCAGGUUGCGUUGCAGGUCUUUCGCCCGAGUGGAGAUUUGAGCGGAGUCGGGAGCCCGCUUGGCUGCGGUUUGGGGGGGGGGCGAAGGAUGAGCUGGUUCCUGUUCUUGAGCCUCCCGGUUCUGGGUGGAUACGCUCUCGGCUCGGUGUACCUGCUGAGGAACCCCCACAUUCUCCACAAGAAGAAACGCACCGCUUUUUACUGCACGCACAUCUCUCACAGAGGAGGAAGUGGAGAGAAGAUAGAAAGCACGAUGGAGGCGUUCACAAACGCCGUGCAGCAGGGCACGCAGAUGCUGGAGAUGGACUGUCACUUAACCCGCGAUGGACAUGUGGUGGUGUCACAUGACGAGAAUCUGCUGAGGCAGACCGGCCGCGACGCCGACAUCUCCUCCCUCGACUUCCAGGAUUUGCCUCUGUACAAAGAGAAACUGGAGGUGACUUUCUAUGAAGGUCGCCACAGCAGCGGCGCAGACAGGAAGUUUGCUCUGCUGGAGGACGUGUUCCGGAAGUUCCCCGAGAUGCCGGUCAGCGUUGAGAUCAAAGAGAACAACCACCAGCUGAUAGAAAAGGUUUCUGACUUGGUUCGGAGCUACAACAGAGAGGAGAUCACCGUGUGGGCCUCAGUGAAAUCCGGGAUUUUGAAAGACUGCCGCAGAACGAACGACAUGAUGCCGUACAGCUUCUCCGAGAGCAAAGGCGUGCUGGUGCUGCUUCUCUUCUACACCGGGCUGCUUCCCUUUGUGCCGCUGGGAGAGAGUUUACUGCAGUUCUACCUGCCGCGCAUCAUCAACAGGACGUACAUUCCUGAGGAGGGCAUCCUGAGGAACAAGCGGAUCAUCUCUUUGAUAGAGAAAGUCACAAUGAGGAAGAGUCUGUUCAAACACCUCUCAGCGCGGGGAAUCCAGGUGCAUUUGUUUGUGUGCAAUAAAGACGACGACAUUAAGGCCGCAUUCGAAGUCGGGGCCACAGGCGUGAUGAGUGACUACCCGACCCUUCUGUCCAGCUACCUCUGCAGGAACCCGAGCCCUCGCGCGCAACAGCAAGGCAGAACCCAGCGGCUUUGUGAUCAGUGACGAUUGAGUGAAGAAAACACUUUGAAAAUACAAGAAGUGUGGGACAAACUUUGUUGUUUGUCUAAUAAACACAAUGCAGUCGGAACAAAACCAUCACUCAACUCAAUCUUUCACUGUAGAGACGAUGACCUGCGAUCGGGUCAUUUCUACGCCCUCACGUCGGGAUGAAUUUCACUCCUUUGUUGGUGCGAAUGGGUCAUAAAACAAAAAAGUAGUGACAAAUCAGACCAGAAUUAGACCAUCUUAAUGUUAGUUUAUGUUUUGUAAGUGUGCAAAUGUGUUGUGUAUAGAAUACACUAAUGUGAAUGUGGGGGAGGAGCAGGAGCAUUUGUACUCAAACACACACAUGGAUAACGUAAUAAUAAUAAUGAUAGAAUAAUGGGAAUAAUCUGUAACCUUAGGUCAGAGCACAGGCCCACUGUGACUAAGUGGCUUAGGACUUUAUGAAUGAAAUGACACAGUAGCUGGCUGGAUGUUUUAUUUUAGUCAGUCAGUUUGUGAAGAAAUUGUGCGACGGUGCAAAUAGUUUUGAGGCGGACGUGGUUUUGUUUUCACUGUGUUGGAUUUUAUUUUAGAAAUACAUUAUUUGGGCCCAAUUCACCUGGAUUCAUGCUUUUCAUGUCAUUAAUUUAGUGUUUAACACAGUCACAUCAACAGGAUUUGUAUGGGCAGUUAGCUUCACCUGUGUCCUUGUUCUGGAAGGUCCACGGUCAAAGUCCGGCCGCGCCGCUGUGAGAAUAAACAACCACUCUAGCGGUGAAACAAAGGCUGCAUUUUUCUGACCCGCUUGGCCUUGCUUUGCACUGUGACAAGUGAGUGAACGUAUUAUUAGUGGAUCAGGGCUGACGAGGAAGUCUUUGAUACAUUACAUGCAAAGAGCAAAGGUCUAAAUAAGUGACCCAGAAGAGAUAAAAUGUGCAUGUGAACACACAUUGGGGUCUAAAUCUACGGUUUCAGACGCACUGCUUUUCAACAGCAAUAUUUAUACUGUCGUUAGGUGUGCCUUAAAUCCACAUAUUACACUUAAUACUCGACCAAUGUAACUAUUUUGGAAAAUAAAUCAAACCUUUAUUUGUUAAUUAUUUAUUUGAUCAACAAUUAAAUCGAUCAUGAAUUGUCUUGUUUAGGGCUAAUUAAAAUGCUAUAGGGCCAAUGGUGCUGUGCUGAGGGGAACUUUGAACUCAUUGCAACUGGCCUGCAGAUCACAUAUAAGCUACAGCUUUUACACACAAAACAUAAUCAAGAGAACAACCAAACCAACCAUCCACACGCUGUGUGAGUUUGACCUGUUAGCAGAAGGCUGGAGUACUUGUAUCCCA